GUCACUUUUUCAUGCGUCCGUCCUGUUAUUCGUCAUAACAUUGUCAAAGUGGUCUGCGGAUUCUCUCUAAAAAGCCACGAACAAAAUUUGACACAAUUUGCGACUCGCAUCAUAUCACAACAAAACGUAACAGCAAUGAAUCAUUGACGUCUUCGGAGAUGCAAAGCACUUUAAAUAGUGUUCGAAGUAUCAGGAUCUAUCAGGGCAGUCCAUUUGUUAUCAUGCCACUGAAGUGUUGUGUGACAGCAAUGUCCCAUGAUCCUCAGUAAACGUUCAUUGAUGUUUUGGCUGGGUAACCGAGCCUCCCGCCAUCUUUACCACGAAAUUGACGGCGAUGCCAUUUUUGAGCAUCUUCUAGGUUCUCUUCUAGAAAUGUUUUACCUUCAUCACAAAGCGUGGAUUGCUGUUUUUAGUGGAUUCUAAUUUGUAUAACAAGCUUUUCCUAGCGCACUGGUUGGAAAUGUUGUCCGCGAUUAAAAAGUGGGCUAAGGGAGGAAAUGAAGAUUCGAAGCUCAGUACUCCCAUGGGAGUACGGGCGAUGGGCCAGGCGUUACAAAGAAAGUUUGCUCGAGGCAUUCAGUAUAAUAUGAAAAUAGUGAUCAAAGGAGAUAGAAAUACUGGAAAAACCUGCCUGUUUCAAAGAUUGCAAGGAAAAUCAUUCAAUGAACAAUAUAUUCCAACAAAUGAAAUUCAGGUUGCAAGUAUACACUGGAAUUAUAGAACCACUGAUGAUGUUGUGAAAGUAGAAGUCUGGGAUGUGGUAGACAAGGGGAGGAGUAAAAAGUCCCAGAAUAGUCUCAAAUUAGAGAAUGAUACUAAAGCUGAGGGUGAAAAAGCUGCUACAGUUUUAGAUGCAGAGUUUGUAGAUGUGUAUAAAGGAGCUCAUGGUGUGUUGAUGACUAUGGAUAUCACGAAACCAUGGACAUUUAAAUACAUUGAAAGAGAGUUGCCAAAAGUACCACCUCAUAUACCUGUCCUCGUCCUGGCAAACCAUCGUGACAUGGGAGAACAUCGGUUAGUCCCAAAAGAUGAAGUUGUUGCAUUCAUUCAACAUCUGGAGAGACCUGAUAGAUCUCCACCUGUACACUAUGCUGAGACAUCCAUGAAAAAUGGCUUUGGACUCAAGUACAUUCACAAGUUUCUUAAUUUGCCCUUUUUAUUAUUACAGAGAGAAACUCUUCUAAAGCAGUUGCAAGUCAAUGCAGAAGACAUGGAGUCAACCCUUGAAGAGCUUCAGAUUCACAAGGAAACAGAAGAACAAGACUAUGAGAAAUUUGUAAAUUUGCUGGACAAAAGGAGAAGGGAUCACGAAGCCAAGAAAGCUGCUGCUGCCGCGGCCACCGUCGCAGAAGGGGAAGCUAAAUCUCGUAAUGGCAGUUCCGCGAACGAUGGAAGAUCACGUAAAGAGAGACCAUUACGGAGAACGCCCUCAGCAACAGGCCAAGACGCCAAUCAAGAAGUUCUACCUCAAAAUGGUUUGUCGCAUUCUACCACUAACAUUGACGAGUUUGUGCCAGAGGACGAACUGGACGCGGGGUUUUUAGACGAGGAAGCAAGCUCACGCGGCAAAAAACGAGCGAAUAAACCUGCAGAUAAGAAGCAAACAGCUCCAGUUGAAGUGGAACUAAGCGUCAGCGAAGAUAGUGAUAGUGACAGUGAUGGAAGAAACCCAAUGGUGGCAGGAUUCGCCGAGGAUAUAGACUCCGAGGACGAACCCACUACUCCUGUAAUCGCAAACCACGUAAAUGAAGAAUCAAACAGCAAAGAACAGUUAAGAACACCAAAGAAACCAUCUGCAGCUCUGAAUGUUGAGUUAACUUCAAGUGAAGAAGAGGAGGACGAGGAAUACAAACGGAACCAAGAGGAAGAGAGAAAAGAAAGAGAGAAGAGAAGAAAGGAGGAAGACAGAGGUAAAGAAAAACAUAACGAGGGAAGUGAAACUGUGGAAUUGAAACUUGAAAUACCAGUGAAGUCGUUAAUGACGGAAGAACCAGCUGUUGAUGGUCUUGGUCUCGGAACUGAAGAUGUGGAUGAUUGGUUAAAUUCGCCUGAUUCAGAUCCUAAGAUUCCAUUUCGCACAUCAGCCGCUCAUAAAGAACAUAAGGCAAGGAAAACUGACACUCAAUCAUCUGCACCUGCUAUCCCUGUAGAUGAGUGGGAAAAGUUCAUGGCUUCGCAAAUGCAACCGCAAAGAAAAGGAACCCAAACUUCGUCUAGUUCUUUAAUAGACAUGAGUUUGGAUGGAGACGACAAAGGUGAUACAAAUGAAGAAAGCAAAAGCCGUAAGAAGAAAGAGCACAAGAGUGGCGAGAAAUCAAAAAAUAAACACAAGCAACAAAAGCACAGGGAUAAAGGUGAAAAAGGGGAAGAUAGCGAAAGAAAGGACAAAGAGAGGCGAAAAUCACGACAUAGAGAAGGCGAGGAAGGAAAGGACGGGAGAAGAAGUCGGGACGAAGAAGGCGAAAAAAAAAAGAAGCACCGUAGCAAACACAGUAGAGCGAAAAGCGAAGAGGGUGUCCAAGAUGGCGUGACAUAUGAAAAGCUUUGACAGAAGGCCUUGCGUGACAUCUAAAUUUCAUAAUUCUCACGUGACAGCCGUCCUGUCAGUGUUUCUAAGGAUGUGAAAGUUUCUACAAGCCAAGGUAGAACGUUUUGGACAUGGGCAGAGAAAGGCGUCCGGGUUUUUGUUGUGCACGUCAGUUGGAAGGAGGGUCUUUAUCAAACGGAUGAUAAAACUUCAUUGACAGACUGAAUCUUAAUCAAUAUGCUUAAAUAUGCGAUGGAAAUCAUGGGAUUCUAUUAUUGGUACUAUUAUAAAUUGGGAAAACAAGAUUACUUCCGGCGGAAGUCAUAUAAAGACUGCAAGCGUCUGAAGCUUUCGAAAUAUUACUAGAGUGUAGUAUCCGUUUACAUUUUUUGAUGCAAGUGACAUUUUAUAAGUUUGUCGUCCAAACAGUUAUUUUAGGUUUUCUGUAUCUAACUCGCCAGUUUUCAUAAGCUAUUUGUUUCUCUCC